AUGGUCCAGCAGGACCAGGACCAGAUGCCACAACAAAUGCGUCGGAGAACGAGGGAGAACUUGGACGGCAUGGACGAGCUUCUUUUAGCGAGCGGCGAGGAGGAGGUGCGCUCCGACCACAGUUCGUGUGCUCCGGGAGAAGCAGAGAGGACGAUGGGAGACCGGGUGAAGACUCUCUUCAAGGGGACGGGGAACCUGAGGAGCACCGUGAAGAAACACCUGAGGAGGAACGGGCUGCUGACGCUGUCCAUCGUCGCCGUGCUCACCGGCUGCACGCUGGGCUUCAUGCUGAGGGGAACUCAGCUGUCCACACAGGCAAAGAUCUACUUCUCUUUUCCCGGAGAGCUGCUGAUGAGGAUGCUGAAGAUGCUCAUCCUUCCUCUCAUCACGUCCAGUUUGAUGUCGGGUCUGUCGUCGAUGGAGUCAAAGGCGUGCUGUCGGAUGGGCGUCCUGACAGUCACCUACUACCUGUGGACCACCUUCAUUGCCGUGGUGGUCGGCAUCGUGCUCGUCAUCAUCAUUAAACCUGGCGUGGGGACAGAGAUGGAGAGCCACCGGCUGGGAGGGGGGCCCGUGAUGACCUCGGCCGACGCCCUGCUCGACCUCAUCAGAAACAUGGUUCCCUCUAAUCUGAUCGAGGCCACGUUUCAGCAGUACAAAACGGACCUGAUUCCCAUCCUCAAAGUCCCGGCCAGAACCAUCCAGCCCAACUUUGUGUACGUCUUCCCCGACGAGAGCGACCCUAAAGGGAGGAUGGUGUACCUGGAGCUGACCCCGCCUCCAGAUGUCAUGUACAAGACCAGUCCCGGCAGCAGCCAACAGAUGAACGUCCUGGGCAUCGUCAUCUUCUCCGCCACCAUGGGCCUGUUGCUGGGCAGGAUGGGAGAGCGAGGAGCUCCCCUGGUUAACGUCUGCCAGUGUAUUAACGAGUGCGUCAUGAAGAUCAUCAACGCUGCUGUCUGGUACUUUCCGUUUGGGAUCAUCUUCCUGGUGGCGGGAAAGAUCCUGGACAUGCAGGACCCGAGUACGCUGGGGAAGAAGCUUGGCUGGUACGGCAUCACCGUAAUUGCUGGCCUCUUCGUCCACGGACUCAUCCUCCUCCCUUUCUUCUACUUCGUUCUCACAAAGAAAAACCCGUUCACCUUCAUCCGCGGGCUGCUGCAGGCCAUGGUGAUUGCCCUGGCUACCUCUUCCAGCUCUGCCACGCUGCCCAUCACCAUGAAGUGUUUGUUGGAAAACUGCAAUAUUGACCGGCAGAUUGCCCGCUUCGUCCUCCCCGUGGGCGCCACUAUCAACAUGGAUGGCACAGCACUGUAUGAGGCCGUGGCGGCCAUUUUCAUCGCUCAGGUUAAUGACUAUGAGCUGGACUUCGGCCAGUUGGUCACCAUCAGCAUCACAGCUACAGCUGCCAGCAUCGGUGCGGCGGGUAUUCCUCAAGCUGGUCUGGUUACCAUGGUGAUUGUACUGACAUCAGUGGGCCUGCCGCCAGAUGACAUCACACUUAUUGUGGCCAUCGACUGGAUCCUCGACAGGUUUCGGACCAUGAUCAACGUUUUGGGUGACGCUCUGGCGGCGGGAAUCAUCGCACACCUCUGUCGAAAAGAUUUCCCCCUCAGUGGAACAGGAAAGCCUGUACCAUCGUAUGGGACACAGACUCCACACGCUCACAACAACUCUCAUAGCGUAGACGUGCCAAUGACAGAGCUCCACACACACAAAGACUGUAUGUUCGAGACCAUGGGCGACUCAGCGGGCGAGAGGCAUGCACACACAGUCUACUACAACAUCUGUCAGGUGUGA